AUGGAUACUGUAAAAGACACUAUUAACACACUUCUUGGUCGAAAACCUUCUGGACCUAAAGUUCGGUAUGGUGUUGUAGGUGCUGGAUGGAUCAGUCAAAGUUCAUUUAUGCCAGGUGUUGGACAAACAUCUAAUUCAGUAUUAACUGUAUUGGUUAGUGAUGAUGCAGAAAAACGUGAAAAACUAGGCAAACAAUAUAAUUUGAAAUCAUAUACAUAUGAUCAAUUUCCGCAAGUACUUGAAGAUUGUCAAUGUGAUGCGUUUUAUAUUGCUACACCAAACAAUCAACAUCGACGAUUUGCUGUUCCAGCUCUUGAAAAAGGUUAUCAUGUAUUACUUGAAAAACCAAUGGAAGUUACAGAAGAAGAUUGUGAAGCUAUAUUAGCUGCUCAAAAAAAAAGUGGUGCUAAAUUAAUGAUUGCUUAUCGUCUUCAUCAUGAACCAGGAACACUUGAUAUUAUUGAACGUGUUCGAAAAGGAGAUAUUGGUGAUCCUCGUAUAUUUUCAUCAGUUUUUACUCACAAUUUGAAACCUGAAAAUCAUCGUGCUAAACAAGGUUUUGAUGCUGGUCCUAUUCCAGACAUGGGUGUAUAUCCAAUUAAUGCUGUUCGAAAUAUUUUUGGUUUAGAACCUAUUGAAGUAACUGCUAUUGGAUUCAAAACUCCAGGACAUGAAUUUUUGCAAAUGGAACAUGAUACAAUUAGUGUAACACUUCGAUUUCCUGGUGAUCGUAUGGCUCAAUUUGUUGCUGGUUAUGCCGGAGCCGCUGGUGAAAGUUACAAAAUUGUUGGUACCAAAGGUGAUAUCGACGUAAAUCCUGCUUAUACAUGGGCUAAUAAUGGUAUAAACAUUGCUUAUAAAAUAAAAAUUAAUGGCAAAGAAGAUUCAAAAAGUUUUCCAGAAACAGAUCAUUUUGGUGGUGAAACAGAAUAUUUAUCUGAAUGUAUUUUAAAUAAUUGUGAUCCAGAAUCUGAUGGUGAAGAAGGUUUACUUGAUGUACGAGUAGUUAUUGCAAUAAAAAAAUCACUUGAAGGAAAUGGAAAAACAAUUAAACUUGAACCAUACGAUCGCAAAAAACGACCUACAUUAGAUCUAGCUAAAAAGUUACCGUUAGCCAAAACACCAACAACUUUUAUUGGUCGAGAUUCACAACAACCGUCUGCAGAUUAA